AUGGGAUUAAAGUGGAUGGAGAGAAGAAUUUUUUAUAUCAACUUCGAUCUAGCACAUGUGUUGGCUAUGGCACCAGAGUGCGAGGGCGUCACACAUGUAGUUGGCGAUAUGUUUGCAAGCAUUCCUCCAGCUGAUGCCUUUCUCUUGAAGUGGAUAUUGCAUGAUUGGAAUGACGAAUAUUGCAUCAAAAUCUUGAAAAAUUGUCGAAAAGCAUUGCCGAAGAAAACUGGAAAGCUUAUAAUGGUGGAUGCAGCCUUAAAUUCACAAGGAAAUGAAUGGUUUGACUAUAUGCGAUUGAUAUGUGAUCUGGCAAUGAUGGUUCAUGUCCAAGGAAAGGAAAGGAGUGAAGCAGAAUGGAAAAUAGUGUUGGAGGAAGGGGGCUUUGCCAGCCACAAGAUUAUCACCAUUCCAGCAAUGCCAUCAAUCACUGAGGCUUAUCCCUAACGUGCACGCUAGCUAUUUUCCUCCUUGGGUUGUGUCCCUGGAAAUAAUAGCAUAUUAACAUUGCAUGUUUUCGAUGAGAUUGACGUCUUU